UUUUUGCUCGUUUGUAAUGUGUACCCGCGGUUCAAGAGCAGCCGCGCUUAUAAGACCCCCACCUUGUCUAUCGCCCAUGCGUCGCCAGCGUCGUGGCGAGAUAGCUUGCCCCCGCGCCGCGGUUAUCUGAAACGCCAGAAACUCAUCAUGUCCCAUAGGGCACCUCCACCGCCCCCAGGGAACAUCUUCGGCUUUGGGACUGUGGGGCCGGCAGCGGGCAGCUUCAAUGUCGGGACAGAUCUCGCCACCUCUCAGCUCGGCGCAGAUGCCAAUGAUAUGCUAUCUCUGCUCGACAACUCCGCCUACAGUGGCUUUGAUGGCACGGCUAUGAACCUCGACAACGUUGGUGACCCCCAAAUGUCACAACGUUUCUCGACUGUUACUGCGGCCCAAGACCGUCCGUCGGCUUCGGGACCGGCUGGGAAACAAGGAUCCAACAUGGAGGACAGACCAAGCAAUGCGCCCGGUGCCGAUGCGGGCCCGCUGCCUGCCAAGAACCUCAGUGCACAGCCGUCGAGUGUCUCUGGAGGCGGCCGCACCUUGACCGAGUUCAUGAAGAGGAGGAACUGGGCCGCGAAGGUCGUCGAGGAGUUGAAAGACAUCCUACAAAUAGUGGACGCGAAUGGCAGGAUAAAAUAUGUCUCCCCGAGCAUCCGCGCUCUGGCCGGCUACGCACCCGAGGACGUGCUCGACUGUUUUCUUCAGGACUUCAUCCACCCAGACGACAUCGGCGUCGUUAUGGCCGAGCUGCACGAGUCCAUGGCCACGGGGAAUCAACUCCGGCUUUUCUACAGGCUGAAGAAAAAGGAUGGGAACUGGGCAAUUUUCGAGGCUCUCGGCCAUGCCCACGUUGCUGCCGCCAAAUUCGCGCCGAACCCCAGUAAUCAGUCGCCCUUCUGCCAGGCCAUCUUCAUGGUGGCGCGCCCAUACCCAACGAAGAACGCCGGCCUUCUCGACUCGUUUCUUGAACACAAGAUCGAGAAUGAGCGGCUGAAGCGGAGGAUCGCGGAGCUCCGCGAAGAAGAGGCAGAGGACGCUGAAGAGUCGCAAAGGACAUGGCGACAGAGCAGAGAUGGUGUUUCCGACACGACAGCGUCUCAGAGUACGGUGCAUGCGAAUCAAGGGUCGGCUCUUCUUCGCGCCACGGCCACCACCACCGCAGACAGUUCCAUGCCACCGCCGGACAAGCCGUCCUCACUGAAUCCCGCCCUAACGAAGGAAAACCUCGAAGGCGUUGCUGGCAGCCGGUCAAAUUCAAUAAGGGAGAAGAUGGCACGAUAUGAAGCAGCAACACAUGCCGAUACUAUCGAGAUGCUCACCGGUCUGAGGUACAGCGAGGGCGAGAGAAGCCGUGGUAUCACCACCGGAAACACGAGCCCGGCGUUGAUCAAGGGAGACGUGGGCAUUGCCAUCCCCGUUGAUAGGGAUCCGCGAACAGGGGAGAAGAAGAAGAAGCUCAAGGUUGCCGAGGAAUACGUCUGCACGGACUGCGGAACUCUCGAUUCGCCAGAAUGGCGAAAGGGCCCCAGCGGCCCGAAGACUCUAUGCAAUGCGUGUGGCCUUCGCUGGGCAAAAAAAGAGAAGAAGAGGAACAGCAGCAAUACCGACCAUCCGAGCUGAUAUUUGCCUGGGCAUUGAGACAGAUGAUUCUCGAUUCUCAUAGGCUUUGCUGAGCCGCACGGUGUUAUCCAAGGAGCUUAACAUGGGAUGCCAGGUUGUCAUUUCGGCAGCCCGGGGACAUGCUAGGAAAAGGG